AUGGGGGAGGUGGUCAUGCACAUCCUGGCCUUGGUGUUUGCCGUAAAUGAGAUCAAUGGGAAUCCCAGCAUCUUGCCCAAUGUCAGCCUUGGGUUCCACAUCUAUGACAGCUACUAUGACGCAAGGAUGACUUAUCAGACCACUAUGGACCUGCUCUUCAAAUUCAGAAGAUUUGUCCCCAAUUACAAAUGCAACAACCAGAAAAACCUCAUAGCUGUCAUUGGGGGACUUGGUUCUGAUGUCUCCUUCCAUAUGGCAGAACUCUUAAGCCUAUACAAGUAUCCACAGUUCACUUAUGGUUCAUUCACCUCUGAGCACACAAGACAAUUGCCUUCCUUUUACCGGAUGGUCCCAAGUGAAGCAAACCAGUACAUUGGGAUCAUUAACUUGCUGAAGCAUUUUGGAUGGACCUGGAUUGGGCUCUUUGCUGUGGACGAUAACAGUGGAGAACAAUUCAUACAGAACCUGGAGCCAUUGCUUUCUCAGAAUGGAAUCUGUUCAGCCUUCACACAAAGGAUCACCAACCAACAUGAUUUAACGAAUUUCAGUGCAUUUUACGUAUCAGCAUCUAUUAUUUAUCCAGCGUUCUCAGAGAGCAAAGUCAGUAUCUUUGUCAUCUAUGGAGAUUCUAUGACCAUUCUAUGGGUGAAUGCAUAUGUGCUCCUAGGAUUUCCUAGCUACAAUGAGGGUACCUCACUUGGAAAGGUGUGGGUUAUGACAGCCCAGCUGGAUUUUACCUUAACAGGCGUUCAGAACGUAUGGGAUUUUCAAUUGUUUGAAGGGGCCCUGUCCUUCACAAUUCACUCUGCUGAGAUUCAAGGAUUCAAGGAUUUUCUUCAGAUCGUAAAACCUGGCUGGUGUAAAGAAGAUGGCUUUCUCAAGGACUUCUGGGAGCAAGCAUUUAACUGUUUAUUUCCAGACUCCCAGGAGCUGGUAGAGGUGAUGCCUGUCUCUGUGUGCAGUGACUACUGCCGUCCUGGUUAUCAGAAGAAAAAGAAGGAAGGAGUGAAGUUUUGCUGCUACAGUUGCGCCCUGUGUCCAAAUGGAAAAAUUUCCACCCAGAAGGACAUGGAUGACUGUUCCAAAUGCCCAGAAGAUCAGUAUGCAAGCAAGGACAGAGAUCGGUGCAUCCCAAAACUGACAAUCUUUCUGUCUUAUGAGGACUCCCUAGGGAUCAGUUUAGCCUUGGUUGCUAUUUCUUUUUCCCUCACCACUGUCGUGGUGUUAGGAACUUUUAUUAAGCACAAAGAUACUCCCAUAGUCAAAGCCAACAACCGGGACAUCACCUACACUCUCCUGGUCUCCCUUCUGCUCUGCUUCCUCUCAUCUUUACUUUUUAUAGGAAGACCUCAGAAGCUGACUUGCUGCCUCCGACAAACUUCCUUUGGAAUCAUCUUCUCUGUAGCAGUUUCAUGUGUAUUGGCAAAAACCAUCACUGUGGUUGUAGCUUUCAUGGCCACCAAACCAGGGUCCAGCAUGAGGAAGUGGGUGGGGAAAACAUUGGCCAACUCCAUUGUCCUUUUCUGCUCUUGGAUUCAAGCAGGCAUCUGUGUAGUGUGGCUAGCAACCUCUCCCCCACUCCCCAAUUUGGACAUGCAGUCAGUACCUGCACAGAUCAUAUCGGAAUGUAAUGAAGGGUCUGUCGCCAUGUUUUAUCUUGUUCUGGGCUACCUUGGACUUCUGGCCAUCAUCAGCUUCACUGUGGCUUUCCUGGCAAGGAAGUUGCCAGACAGUUUCAAUGAAGCCAAAUUCAUCACCUUCAGCAUGUUGAUUUUUUGCAGUGUUUGGUUGUCAUUUGUUCCAAGCUACCUGAGCACCAAGGGGAAAUACAUGGUGGCUGUGGAGAUCUUCUCCAUCUUAGCUUCCAGUGCUGGGUUAUUGGGCUGCAUCUUUGCUCCUAAAUGCUUCAUCAUUGUGCUGAGGCCUGACUUGAACAAUCGGGAACAUCUAAUAAGAAAAAAGGAUUGGUGA